GAUUUCGCUCGCGCCGCGCCGUCGUUACAGUAUCGUGACAUGUACGCGUCUCGUGCUGUGCUGGUUCGCGGUUCUGACCGAAAUCGUGAGUGCUGCGUUGUUUCUCGAGAGCAAGACCACCGACCGCCACGACGACAUGAGGCACCAGCCGGGCCGGCGCCAGCCGGCUGAUGUGUUAAGCCCCGGGCAGCACCGCGGCGGCGGCGGGCCGCCAUGGCGGACUCCAGCGAGUCGGAGAAGGCGCUGGAGGGGCUGCUGGGCACGUCCAACGGCUCCCUGCUGCUCAAGCCCGUCAUCAAGACCACCCUGGAGUCGUCGUACCCCGUCAUCGUGGCCAUGUACGCCCUGCUCGUGGUGUCCGGCGCCGUCCUCAACCUGGGCCUGCUGGGCCUGGUGCUGCUGCGCCGGCUGCACCACCAGAACACCAUGUGCCUGCUGGCCAACCUGGCGCUCGCCCACCUCGUGCAGUGCCUCGCCGGCAUCCCCAUCACGCUGACGGUGAUGCUGGUGACGAACUGGGUGCUGGGCCGGUUCCUCUGCUACUUCCUCCCCAUGCUGCAGGACAUCCCAAUGCACGUUUCUGUGCUGACUUUCGUCAUCAUGGCCUACGAUCGCUAUCGAUUCAUCGAGGACCCCUCGAAGCAGCGCCUGCCCGCCGUGGUCUUCGCCAUCGGCACCUGGCUGACGGCGUCCUGCAUCGUCGUGCCCUACCCGAUCUACACCACGUACCUGCACAUUGAGGAGUACAUCCCGCGCAGCGGGGACGCGCAGGACUCUCCCGACAUAGCCGUAUGCUUCGCCAACCUGGGCAACAACAUCCACGACUACAUGCGCUGCAUUUUCGUCCUCAUGUACGUGAUCCCGGCCAUCGUGGCGGCCUACAUCCACGGCCAGACGUCGCGCAUGCUCAAGGACAAGCAGACCGUGACCCUGGUGCUGUACGACACGCGCGCCGCGCGCUCGCCCAGGACCUCGUCAGCCUCCGUGCACGGCUACAGGCGGUCGGUGCCGAUGCGCAACUCGCUGUACGUGGCGCCGCACGCGGGCACCGCCGAGCUGGACCUGCCCAAGGAGGAGCGCACCCAGAAGUACCUCGUGAGCAUGACGUCGGCCUUCUUCGUGCUGGUCGCCCCCCUCAACAUUCUGCGGGUUAUUAAGUCGGAGCUGAACGAGACGUACGAGAACACGGCGCACUUCGACAUGGCCUACUCGGUGCUCGUGUGGAUCUCCUUCCUGCCCACGUGCACCAUGCCGCUCUUCGUCGCCGCCUGGGUGCUGAGUCGGUCGGAGAAGGAGCGCGUCCGGGGCUACUUCCGGUUCAGCAACCGCCGCCACACGCGCGGGGGCGUGCGCGCCGCGCAGUGCUCGCUGCCGACGUCGGGGGGCUCGGCGACGGACGGCGACGGCUAC